AUGAAGAAAGGUUCAGAGUCUGAGUCAAGCAGCGAGCUCAGACAGACAUGCUCCGAUGGAGACAGGCAGUGUACCUGUUUAGAGGGGAGGUGGGAGUGUGAGAGUUCGGAAACACCUGCUACCUGUUCAGUUGAAGAAGGUUCAUAUUUUACAACCUUCGCUGGUAGAACCUAUACAUUUCAUGGAAACUGUUUUUAUACCCUGGCUAAGGUGGAAAGCAAGGAUGGAGUAAGUCCAAACUUUACAAUCCGGGCACAGCUGGGACCGUGUGACCAAGAUAAGUAUGACACUUGUCUGAAGACUCUUAAAAUCCAUCUGGACAGAGAUCAUGUAAUAGUUUUUACAUCUGAUGGUAAAGUUAAACAAAAUAGGGAUGAAGUCAGUUUGCCGUACUACUCAGGGGACAUCCGAAUAUUUCAUGCUUCAUCCUUUCAUAUCUUGCUCUACGCCAAGUUUGGUCUGCAAAUUCAGAUCCAGCGUCUCCCUGUCAUGCAAGUCUAUAUCAGUCUGGAGAGCGGUUACAAAGGAAAGACACGUGGUUUAUGUGGAAGCUUCAACAUGGUCUCCAACGAUGACAUGAAGACUCCUCAGGGCAUCGUGGAGGGCACGGCAUUGACGUUCAGUAACUCCUGGAAGGCAAACAUGUCAUGCUCUGGAGGCGAAGAAAGACACAGUGAUCCAUGUUCCAACAGUAUGAGUAUUGAGAAAUAUGCUAAAGACUGGUGUGAAAUGCUACGAAAUCCAAACGGCUCAUUUGCAAUAUGCCAUUCAGAUGUGGAUCCUGAGACCUACUACAAGCGCUGCCUUUAUUCCACCUGCAGCUGUGAGAAAAGUGAGGACUGCUUAUGCGCAGUCUUUACCUCUUACGGUCGAGCCUGUGCAGCACGUGGAAAGUUUGUAACAGAUUUUGAAAAUGAAUGUGAGAAACACACAGAGAGCUGUCCGUCAACCCAGAUCUUUACUUACAAUCAUCGAAGAUGUCAGCUGACUUGUAGUUCACUGAAUGAGGACCAGAACAGCUGUACUGCACACUUCCUGCCUGUGGUCGGCUGUUUCUGCCCUGAUGGCCUCUAUCUAAAUGAAAAAGACGUUUGUGUACCCAAAGAGGAAUGUUCCUGUUACCAUGAUGGAGACUAUUUAGAUGCAGGAGCCUCUGUCAACUAUAAUUCUAAACACUGUGUGUGCACCAAUGGAAAGCUUCACUGCCAUUCCUCAAAAAAUCACUCCAUAG